AUGGUCAACGCGGCUUGGAGGAACCGCGAUGGAGGUUGCCAUCGCAUGCGUACUGGCUUCAUCGCAAGUACAAGCACUUCAUCGCGAGUACAAGCGUCAACAGCGUCCGACGAAGUAUGCGGGCAAUUCCCAUCCGAUUUCAUGACGAUUCUGUUCGCUUAGAAACAUCAACCUUGCUUUUUUUUCUCGUUAGAGCUCGCCCUCAAUCUGCGAACAUGGGGCGAUGACACGUGUUGAUAUUGGGACAAGGACCUGGCCGCUGUUCAACUCGCUCUCGCCAAUUCGAAUUACCGAGAUCAACCGCAACUCGGCCGUCGCAUUGUUCGACGACCUUGAGCUACAUAUCAUCAACACUGAACCGAAGCAAGGCCGCACGGCUGGCUCAACAAGCUGA